AGGUGCCAAUCGGCGCUCUGCCAGAAGUCGCUGUGACUUCCCGUGUUGGCGGUGCUGAGGCGCGGGGUGACAGUUGGACGGUCGUGCUGUGACCCGAACUACCGCAUCCCGGAGAGCUGUGGUGACACGAGUCGAGGGCCUUCAUGAUGAGAAUGAUUGAGAGCGUCGACUCCGUGGUUACCAGGCCCAGCGAGGACCUCUGGGCUGAAAUCUGCUCGUGUCUGCCACAUCCAGACCAGAAGGAUGCCAGCGAGGCCUUCACUGACUCAUUCCUGGAUUCCUACACAAACGGAGGAAGCCAGGGCAAUGGGGUCCCUUCCCAACCAAACCCAAAGCCCUGGGCACCCCUGAACGACUCAGAGGUGUAUUUAGCAUCCCUAGAGAGAAAGCUGAUGAGAAUUAAAGGUUUGUCUCAAGAGGUGACCUCCAAGGACAUGCUGCGUACUCUGUCACAAGCUAAGAAGGAAUGCUGGGACAGGUUCCUCCAGGAGAAGUUUGAGUCUGAAUUUUACAUAGAGGGACACGAAUCUGAUGAGAGCACCCUGGAGCAUCUAAAGCGAUGGCUGCAACCUGAUAAAGUGGCCAUCAAUACUGAAGAGGUACAGUACCUCAUCCCUCCAGAAUCACAGGUAGAGAAACAGGAGACUGAAGAAGAGCAUCCAGCGGCUGAGCAGUGAGAUAUGCAGCAGCCAUGCCACAGAGCUGCCUCUUAUCCAACCCUGAUGAAGCUGUGUGCAGCAACAGUAAUGCUAGGAAGAGGGUGGGGUGGGUAAUGAGUGCCAAUUGUUAGUCAUCCAAAGACAAUGAAAUGAAAUCCAACAAGAAAACAGCACUGGACCUCCAAGGAUAUUGACUGACAUUUUCUGUGGACAAGAGUGGAACAGAAUAUGCUGAACUGAAACCCUUUUUUGAUGUAGUCCCAAUGUGUAGCAACCAAAUCAUUCUGGCAUGAAUGUGAAUUUUUUGUAAAUCAUCAGGAGGCAUAUUGAACUGUAGGGGAAAAAAAAAAAAAGCAGUUGUUUAGAA